AGGAAGAGGAGAAGGAGAGGGAAAGUCGAAGGUGGAAGGAAUACGAAGGGGAUCGUCGGGUGAAGAGGCAAAAGAGAGAGAGAGAGAGAGAUAGAUGGAGGGAGAGAGAGAAAGAGAGAGAGAAUGCGCAUGCGUAACAAGAAUCUCCACUCGCGAGGCUACUAACGGAGAGACUGACGAACGUAAAAGAAACAGAAAAAGAAAGACAGAGAGAGAGAGAGAGAUAGAUAGAUAGAUAGAUAGAUAGAUAGAGAGAGAGAGAGAGAGAGAGAAAAGAUAAAAACUCGUCAUUUGGCAAGGACCUCCAUCAACGUUGCUUCUCUACUAGUAACUAGUACUUCUUUCACAAAAAAAUUAUUUGUCCAAGAGAAGAGGGAAAAGAAAGAUAGAAAAUAUAAAAAGAAAAGUAUCGAAGAGAGAAGUAGAAGAGGAGGAAGGAUGGAAGGAAGGAAGGAAGGAAGGAAGGAAGGAAGGAAGGUAAAGGAGGAGGAAGAAAAAUAGAAAGAGGAAAAGAAGGAGGAAGUAGAAGAAGAAUAAAAAGAAGAAGAAGAAGAGGAGGAGGAGGAGAAGGAGGAGAAAGAAGAGUAAGAAGAAAAGAAAGAGGAAAAGAUAGAAGAAGAAGAAGGGUUGGGCCAGGGGCCCGCGACCCUUCCCGACUGGACUAGACUCUACGUGGAGCUUCGGCGUCGGCGCCGUCGUCGUCGACGUCGUCGGCGGCGCGACGCUCUCGGAGAGGCGCCGCGCGCGCCUACGUAGGAGGCACUCGGCCGCGCGCGGCGUCGUUAGCUCCGUCGUACCUGGACGACGGAGAGGAACGAACGAACGAACGAACGAACGAACGAACGAACGAACGUACGAACGAACGAACGAACGAACGAACGAACGAACGAACGAACGAACGAACGAACGAACGAACUAACGAACGGACGAUACGGACGAACGAAUCGCACAAAAAGAAGGAAGGAAGAAGGAAGGAAGGAAGAAAGGACACUUGGCUCUCUCCAUUCUCGCUCUCGCUCUCUCCUCUCUCUCUCUCUCUCUCUCUCUCACUCACUCACUCUCUCUCUCUCUCUCUCUCUCUCUCUCUCUCUCUCUCUCUCUCUUUCUCUGUCUCUCUUUCUGUCUUUCUGUCUUUAUCUUUUUGUCUGUCUCUGUAUCUUCGUUCACGACUACUACUAGUGCGACUAUUAUCGGACAUCUUCCUAUCAGGAUACGUCAACGUAAUACUCGUUCGUUCAACUCGAUUUAUCCGUCUAUUUUUUCCAUUCUUUCCUCCCUCUUUUUUCUCUUUCUCUUCUCUCUCUCUCUUUCUUAUUCUUCUCUUUCUUUUUUCCUCGUCCUUCUCUCUGUCUUUCUCGCGUCCUAGUGCCGUGCCGCUUCGCUCCGUGCCGAAGCGGCUGCGAGUGGUGUGUGCUGGCUCUGGUCUGAAGGAGGGAACGAACGGUGGGGGUGGAGGACAAGUAAAGAAAGGGUGCCAUUGGGUUCGAGGACAAGGAAAUUCAAGGAAGACGGGGACGACUGCUCCUACUUUUACUCGAUUUUUAUCGGUGCCGCGACGACGAGAUUUCUACUAUCCGAAGAAACACAGGAAGCUUUAGGGAUAAACAACCUGAUCCUCCGAAUGAUGUUGAAUUGACGAAAACUGAACAACGCAAGGGAUGGCUCCUUUCGGUACCAUCUUCCUCGGUGUCUGGGGAGUGUUCGUCGUCGUUCUGAUACAAGAGUCCAAACCAGUCAGCUGGGAGGAAUGGUGGACGUACGACGGUAUUUCAGGUCCUGCCUUCUGGGGCCUCAUCAAUCCGGAUUGGUGGCUCUGUAACAAAGGGAGACGACAAUCACCGGUUAACUUGGAGCCGAACAGACUUCUCUUCGACCCGAACUUACAGCCGUUACACCUCGACAAGCACAAAGUCGGUGGAGUCCUGGCAAACACCGGUCACAGUGUGGUAUUCGCGGUCGAAAACGAUACCCGCCAUCCUGUCAAUAUAUCCGGUGGGCCCCUCAGCUAUCGCUACCAGUUCCACGAGAUUCACUUGCAUUUCGGCUUGGAGGACCACAUUGGUAGCGAGCACACUAUCGAUGGACACGCGUUUCCCGCUGAGCUCCAAAUAUUCGGAUUUAAUUCCCAGCUUUACAACAAUUUCUCGGAUGCCUUGCACAGAGCACAAGGGAUCGUUGCAGUCUCCCUUUUACUUCAGGUAGGAGAUCUGUCGAACCCACAACUGAGAACGUUUACCCAACAACUGGAUCAAAUCAAAUAUGGAGGGCAGGCCGUGGAAAUUACACAUUUCGUCGUGCGCGAUCUCCUACCGGACACGAAGCAUUACAUGACGUACGAUGGUUCAACCACGAUGCCAGCCUGCCAUGAGACCACGACGUGGAUAAUACUGAACAAGCCGAUAUAUAUUACGAAGCAGCAGCUCCAUGCCCUGCGGCAGUUGUAUCAGGGUGACAUGAAACAUCCGAAUGCGAAGCUGGGGAACAACAUUAGACCGAUUCAACCGCUCCACCAUCGUCCAAUUCGUACCAACAUCGAUUUUAGCGUGCAGCAAGGGCAUAAAAAUUGUCCAACGAUGAACAGGGAUCUGUACUACAAAGCCAACAGCUGGAAAUAACCCUGAGAGCUUUAAGCAACACGCAGUACGGUGAUCGACGUCAUGCGUUUUAAAAGAAGGAAGGAAAUAUAGAAAGAAAAAAAGAAAGAAAGCAAGCAAGCAAGCAAGGAAGCAAGCGAGCGAGCGAGCGAGCGAGCAAGGAAGCAAUCGAGAGAACGUGAGAGCGAGAAAGAGAAAGAAAGAGAGAGAAAGAGAGGAACGGAGGAAGAGAGAAAGAUAAGAAAAGUUAAAGAAAAACUACGCUUUCCCUCGGACGAGCUGGAACUUCGCUGUGAAAGAAACCAUUGACAUAUCAAUUGCACGCGUGCGACGGUGGUCCUCGCAGAGAAGAAAGAACGAGAGUGUGUGUGUAAGUGUGCGCGUGUAUGUGUGUGUGUGUGUGUGGGUGGGUGGGUGGGUGGGUGGAUGGAUGGAUGUAUGAAUGUGCGUAUGAAUGCAAGCGAGUACGAGUAAGAAAAAGAAAGAAAAGUAAGUAAGUAAGUAAGUAAGUAAGUAAGUAAGUAAGUAAGUAAGUAAGUAAGUAAGUAAGAAAGAAAGAAAGAAAGUAAGAAAGUAAGAAAGAAAGAAAGAAAGAAAGAAAGAAAGAAAGAAAGAAAGAAAGAAAGAAAGAUAGAUAGAAAGCACGUGCAUGUGUGUAUGUGCGCGUAUAAGUGCGUGAAAGAGAUAGAUAAAGAAAAAGAGAGAGAGAAAGAGAGAGAGAGAGAGUGAGAAUGAGAAUGAGUGAGAUAGCGAGAAUGAAAGUGUGAGAGACGUGUCGCACGCACGCACGUACGUACGCACGCAAAAAGCACGCAAGCACGCGCUGAAACGCACGACGGACGGAGACGUGUUUCAGGGCGUCGAAGCUGAUGGGCGACCGAUGAUGGAACGAAAACCAUGACCACGGUGAAGUAAACGAGCGCAGCUCUUUUGUGCUCGAGGAUUAUAAAAAGAAGGAGAUAUAUAUAUAUAGUAUAUACAGGAAGGAAGAGGAAUGAGAAAACAAGAAAAAAAAAACCAAUUAUAAAAAUGCUUCGUUGUACUUAUUAGACGUGAAUUUGCCAAGUAUGUUUCCAGUAAAGAAAAAAAAAAGGACAAAAAAUAAAAAAGACAAAAAAGAAGAAAAAAAAUAAAAAGAGUAACACACAAACAGAUAUUACCUAUAGCUAAUACAAUAGACGCGCGAUAUAAGGUAAAAGAUCAUAAAAAAAUAUAUUAUUAUACAUAUACCGUAAACUAUCGAGAGAAAAGAGACAGAGAUAGAGAAAAUAAGAGAGAUAUGGGGGGGGGGAGAGAGAGAGAGAGAGAGAGAGGGAGGGAGAGGGAGAGAGAGAAGAGAAAAAGAUGGGAGAAAAAAGAUAACAAAAAAUUCAGAAGAAAAAAAAGAAAAAAAAUAACAAAAUUAUAUAUGAAGCUAUGACUAUCGUGGCCUCUGCGCGGGAAUGUGAGUGGGUGAAAGAGAGAGAGAGAGAGAGCGAGAGAGAGAGCGAGAGAGAGAGAGAGAGCGAGAGAGAGAGAGAGAGAGAGAUGCGAUUAUAUGUAUAAAAAUUCGUGCGCUAUGGUGUGCGUACUUAUCGAACGAAAGUUUAUACUAUAUUCUUGUAAUAAAAUCUUUGAAAAAGCGCAA